CAUAGGAUGGAGUUCUCUUUGCCUAGUUUGCCAAUGCUAAAAAUCUGCUCCUACCUGGAUGCCUAUAGCUUGCUACAGGUCGGCCAAGUGAACAAGAGCUGGAAUGCAGUUUCCAACAGUGAUUUCCUGUGGAGGAGGCUGUGUCUGAUGAGAUGGUACUGCUUUGACAUCACCCUAGAGCACGUGGGCACACAGACAUGGAAGCAGUUCUUUCUUUACCGAAGUAGGCAAGAACGCGCCAAGUCCCUGGCAAAACCAGCAGACUUCUUCGUCAGAGAAAUUCCUGGAAACUUUGGAGGUCAGGGUUUGGCGAGUUACCUCUCAGGGAGUGGCCUAACACCAAGUGGACAAGGGAAGUCAGUUGUCUGUGUGGUGACUUCCAUGUCCAGGCUUACCACCUGGGAUAUUAAAGAGGGCGUCAUGACCUGGGUCAGCCCCGUGCAGCCCACCUGCAUCACCAGGAUGACCACCCUCCCUGAGAUGCACCUGGCGGUCACUGUAGAUAUGGAAACAACCAUCAAACUGUGGAACUGCCGUGACAGGGAUGCUCAGGCGACUAACACCAUGUUUACUUCCUGUCAAACCCUGAAAGCUGUCCUUACAAAGUACGGCCCGGUUGUCUUGGCAAGCGACACUUCCGGUAACCUCUAUGUGUUUAGGAUUCCCGACUUAUGCCUAAUUAUCAGAAUCCAUAUAUUCCAAUACCCUAUUGAUGAAGUCUACUGCUCUCCUCAGAAGAAAUGGGUUUUUUUGAAUAAGAGACAUCCAAAAAUCUUGCCAAAGGUGUUUCUCUUGAGAAGCUUGCUGAGGCCAUUAGAAUACUCCAAUCCGGUGUUUAUCGACCUCCCAUUUUCAUUAUGCCAAAGAGCCUUCUGGACCCCAAGAAGGGAAGACAGAAUAACCCUGAUGUCCCGGAGAGGCCCCGUCCAAAACGCAAUAUUUUCCACGUUUGAUAUGGAACUGAUAGAGACUGAGAAGAGGACAUCUGCUAAUGCACGUGAGAUUGCAGGCUUCGAGAUGCAAGGUUACCUUAAUAACAUGGAAUGGAUGGGAGUCAGUGAGAAGGAUGUGAUUGUAUUUUCAACUGGAAAAUCUCUUCUCCUCUUCAACAUGUGGGGCUUCAGGCUGCAGACAUUUCAGGACUAUCCACAAGUGAUCACGAGAUUAAAAGUGGAUCCCCUCCAUGUCAUCGUCACGUUUAAUGAUGGUACUUUAGAGGUGUACGCUUGGGAGGAGAGAAAUAACCUCCUUAGGAAGUGUUACCGUCUGCAACACCCGCGUCAUCUGGGACCACAAAGCAUCUUUCCCAAGACACUAUGCGAUGAUCUGAGCAUAGUUCGUGUGGUGUCAAGAAGUCGCCAGUGCUGUUUUCUGGCCGCAUAUAUUUUGAAUGUCUUCUCCUGA